AUGAUUUUAAGAAUGUUCUGGCCCAGAGAAAAGGUCGAGACCUGGAAGAAACAGGUCUCAGGCCCAGCUGGGACAGAGAGCUGUUCAAAUAUGAUGUGUAUGGUCAACGUUGCCCAGAAUCUGUGGGGAAAAGCCCGUUUUGCCCUAAAACCACUGUCUAUAAGUGAGGAUCAGAAGGUUCUUAAAGUGCAGUUUUAUUGGCUGCCGAGACAUUCAUACUCUCGUGAGAUGCCAGCAAUCAGGACUCCAAGCCCUUUCCCUGGCAAUCUCUCCUCCAGCACCGUGAACGGUCAACACAGUGCGAAGCUGUUUAACAUUGCCACGGAUACGAAACUCUGCUCCGGGGACAUUAUCACCUUCGAGACUAAUGACCCGGUCGGUCACCCUCUUCCAUCCAUGGAGCUACUCAAUAUGCAGUGGGUCUUACACCGAGUUCUUGCCCUUAGCGGGGUUGCUAAUGCAACUGAUGAGGACCUUGAGCCUGAAUCAUAUCAAGAGGAUACUGAGAGUGACACCGAGGAAGAAUAG